AUGUCGAUAUCAUCACUUGAUUUUGACAGUCGUCGUCCCUCUGAAGAUAUUGGCGGCGGGUUUGCUAUUCGUCCGUCAUUUGCUAAAAAAUUUAAUCAACGAGUAGCGACUGACAUUAUCAACAAAAUUCUGAGCGAUCGAUUAAAGGAUGCGAUCUAUGAUAAAGACCAAGCGCCUGGUUGGGCUCAUGAAAUUGCUGAAGAGAUAAAGAAAAAGUUGUUGGAAUUGGAUCUUAAUAGGUAUAAGUACGUAGUGAAUGUGACGAUUAUGGAAAAUAAAGGAGAGGGUGCCAGGAUGCAAUGUCAAUGCUAUUGGGAUAGCGAUACUGAUAAUAUCGCGCAGGAAGUAUUUACAAAUGAAUCAUUAAUUUGUGUUGCUGUUGCUUUUGGAGUAUAUCUCUAUUGA